AUGGAACUGGCCCUCCUAUACGCCGUCCCGGUCUGGUAUGAGGCCGUUUAUAAUAUUCACAUUAGGAAACAGUUUCUCUCUAUCCACAGAAGAUUCGUCAUUCAAAUCUGCAGAUCCUAUCGGACGGCCCCAACCAGUGCUCUCCUAGUUCUGGCUGACAUCACUCCUAUCCAUAUCCAGGCAAAAACCACGGCCUGGUUCUGGUCCGUGAUCAGAGGACAGUUCCCCUGGCUCGACGAAACAAGAUACUAUAAUCGGAUCAACGAGAAGGCUACCAAGAGCAUGACAAACAUUACUAAUGACGCCAAAAACUAUGGCCUGAACGGAAUUAACACCAAUAAAACCGUUCUAAACCACCCCCACAUUGAGAGUAAUUAUACGGUUAUAAUGGACGAGGAUAAUCACAUAAAGGCAGAAUGGAAUAUAUACACGGAUGGCUCUAAAAGUACGGAAGGCGCAGGAGCAGGGGUGGUUAUCAUGGAUAGUAACGACAAAACUCGUUACCAAGCUUAUCUUAAAAUGGCCGCCCACUGCACCAAUGUCCAGGCCGAGCUCUGGGCACUUUUCAAAGCCAUCACCCACAUCAAUGACAACUGCCACAAAUACAAGGGUAACAUAUGCAUCCACACUGACAGCAGGAGUGCCCUCAAUAUUUUAAACAACAACAAAGAUUACACAGGCCUUUCAGCGGACUUGAUUACAGAAGCUAAUAAUCUGGGAAAAAAUAAAAAACUCUACUUUAAAUGGGUACGUGCCCAUCAGGGACACGCCGGUAAUGAACAGGCCGACAACCUUGCCAAGAAAGCGUGCACCCUUAGUGAAAACCCCUCUUACGAGAAGCUACCCCACUCGUGGGUUAAAACGCAGCUUGCUAACGUUGCCCUGCAGGACUGGCAAUCAGAGUGGGAUAAUGACGACACGGGGAGAAAGACAUACGCCUAUAUUCCUUCAAUUGCUCACCGCAGAAAAGCCAGCCAUUACACCCCGAAUGCUGAAACAACCCAGAUCCUCACAGGACACGGUAAUUUUGCAGCUUAUCUCUUCCAGUUCGGCAAGGCAGACAACAACACAUGCGACUGCGACAACGUCAGUGAGUCUACGGUCGAACACUUCCUUUACGAUUGCGCUAAAUAUGACGAUAAAAGGCUUCAUUUCAUGGGUAAAUGCCUAGCGGAAGGACAGAACUGGCCUCCAAAGCCCUCUGAAGUCUUUAGCAACAGCAAACUCUGGAGAAGCUUAUCGGACUAUGUACACAACACGGCUGCCCUCAACGCCAGCAGCUUCAGCAACAACAACCCAUCCUAA